CCCCUUUCUUUCUUGUUUUGAGGGGAAAUAAAGCCGAAGCGAGGACGAAGAGGGAGACAGGAUAAAGAGGGAAGAGGGAGGAUGGAAGUUCAGUUGUCCUCAUGACGUGUCCUGUUGUGGAAAGUGGAUUAAAUUGCGUUAUUUGCUGAGGAAUGUACGAGGUCUUGGGAAGAAAAUGCUUCGUUUUGACUUAUAAAUUGCCAGCAUGGAUAGGCUACGGCAAAUGGAAUUAAUUGCCCUAAAAAAGGAAGAACAGGUUAUACGGGAAUUGUUGAAGAAGUAUGAGAAAGCCCUCAUUCGUCUCCAGGUAGAAGAUUUAACAAUUAUGCAUCAGCUGGUAGGCAAGGAAGACCAGGAGCUAAAGUUGCGUAACACUACUGUGUUAGAAGCUGAUGUGAAUUCUUACCAGCAAAUCCAAACCAAUCAGUUACAGAUGUUGCCCGUGACUGUCAGCAACAGUACAGGUCAGAGUGAAAUCACCAUGAAGGAACUGCAGAUUAACCAGAGUACCCUCAAUCUAGAUGCCGCUCCCCUCAUUCAUAGAAUGCUCCAAGACUCUGAAGCAUAUGAAGAGGAGGAGGAAGAAGAGGAGGCUGAGGAACAAUAGCAAGGAGAAAAUAUAGACAAAUCAUUUCAUCAUAUCUCUUUUGACCAUUUAUGUCUGGACACUUGCAUACUGGAUUUCUAUAAUUUGUGGUAUACAUGUGCAGUUUUUUUUGCACAUGACUUUGACACACGUGGGUUUACUUUUACAGUCAAGCGGCCAAUUUCAUGGUGUUCUCUUGUGUUUCGUAAAAUGUCACCCUCAAUUUUUGUGUUUCGUGAUCCUCUGUUGCUGUAUUUUAUUUUGUUUUAAGCUGUAUUUUAUUUUGUAUUUAUCAGCUGUGUUUUAUUUUGUAUUGAUCAGCUGUAUUUUAUUUUGUAUUUAUCAGCUGUGUUUUAUUUUGUAUUGAUCAGCUGUAUUUUAUUUUGUGUUUAUCAGCUGUGUUUUAUUUUGUAUUUAUCAGCUGUGUUUUAUUUUGUAUUUAUCAGCUGUAUUUUAGUGCAGUUUUAUUCUAUUGUCUUGUGCAAAUUUUGUUUCUUGUCUUAAGGAUCUGUUAAGUUCUUUUGUCAGGAUCAGCUGUUUUUCUGCAUUUCUCAAAUUAGGCCAUUAUUCUCUAAAUUAAUUUUAUAUUAUUCAGAAAUUAAAGGAGGUCAGAUUACAA